AUGCUUUUACAAAUGAACAAGUUUAUGCAUUUGAUGGUCACACUACAGCAGGAAGGCUAUGAGUUUUCUGUAUUUGUUAGAAAAGGAGACAGGUUUGCUAAAGAUCGCAAUAACAAGCUUUCAGAUGUGUAUUUAGAUCCGAUAACCGAAAGUCUUGUAUCGCCCGAUAUUUGGGACUCGAUAGGGAAUGACUCUGUAGCAGACCAUAGUCAGAUACCAUCGCAAGAAACGCAUGAUUACAAAACCUUCAAACUUGCCGUUGAUAGACCCUCACAGGUGGAAAAGUAUGUGGAAAGUGCGUUGAAGCUCUUGAGACAGGUUCCAUGUAAGGUGAUCGCCAAGGUUUGGAUUAAGAUCAUUGAACCCAAGAAAAAGACGAAAUAUCCGUACAUCAAAGGUGAUUCUACGAAACCGUCGUGGUGGCCGAACGAUGUGGAGCAUAAGGAGCCAGAUCAUCUCAGGAAGCCUGAUAGACUGAGACUACUGUGUGCAAUCAUUAUCAAAAUCCUUCCUCAAACAGGUGAUCUUAAGAUUUUGCAGGAUUUGAAAGAUUCGACUUUUGCAUUAUCCAUCCUCAAGAACGAGCCUGAAAAAAGGGCAAUUCUAUGUAAUCUAUUUGAUAUCUGCAAAAAUCUCCUGAUCAAUUAUUCGGGGGAAUUGAAAACUAUGGACGUGAUAAAUCUGGGAGCUCUGAAAUCCAGUCAACGUGUCAUAAACAUUAUGCAUAAUAAGAAGUAUGAAAUUCCUGAUCAUGGUCCUAUUUUUCUGCCAGAAGUUUCGGAUGAAGAGAAUAGUAGCUGUGCUUCGCAAGAAUGUAAAUUAGACGCAUAUGAUAUUAAAAAUAUGUCAGAAAGUAUGCUACUUGAUGUGUUGGUGGAGAAUGAUCCAGAUUUGCAUGAAUACUUAAAUCAUUUCGAUGCGGAAGAUAAUGCAUAA